AUGGCACAAAACCAAGAUCAUAUCCUCCGUGAGGUUAACAUCCUCGGACCUCUUAAUGAUCAGAACCGCAAGGUCAUUUCCAAGGAAGCUACUGUCUUCCUGGCUCUUCUCCACCGCACAUUCAACAAGACUCGCACGGAACUGUUGCAAAGACGCAUGACCCGUCAGGCCGAGCUCGAUGCUGGAAAACUCCCCGACUUCCUUCCUGAGACCAAGCACAUCCGCGACAGCGAUGCAUGGAAGGGUGCACCGCCGGCACCUGGUCUCACCGACCGCAGAAUUGAGAUUACUGGUCCUACCGACAGGAAGAUGGUUGUCAACGCAUUGAACUCAGAUGUCUGGACAUAUAUGGCCGAUUUCGAGGGUAUUGCGCCCACUUGGGAUAACAUGAUCAACGGUCAACUCAACCUUUACGAUGCUAUCCGCAAGCAAGUCGAUUUCAAGAUUGGCGAGAAGGACUACAAGCUCCGUACCGACCGCAAGUUACCAACACUCAUUGCCCGUGCUCGUGGUUGGCACUUGGAGGAGAAGCACUUCACCGUUGAUGGUGAGCCCAUCUCGGGUAGUUUGUUCGACUUCGGUCUCUACUUCUUCAACAACGCCCAAGAACUCGUCAAGAGAGGAGCUGGGCCAUACUUCUACCUCCCCAAGAUGGAGAGUCAUCUCGAAGCCAGGCUCUGGAACGACGUCUUCAACCUUGCUCAGGACUACAUUGGCAUGCCCCGUGGUACUAUCAGAGGUACCGUCUUGAUUGAGACCAUCAUGGCAGCAUUCGAGAUGGACGAGGUAAGUGCUGCACACCGACUUGCUUUGGAACUAGCUAACAUCUGGUCANNGAUCAUCUACGAGCUCCGUGAUCACUCUUCAGGUCUGAACUGUGGUCGUUGGGACUACAUUUUCUCGACCAUCAAGCGUUUCCGCCAGAAUCCCAACUUUGUCCUGCCUGACCGUUCGGCUGUCACCAUGACCUCUCCCUUCAUGGAUGCUUACGUCAAGCUUUUGAUCAAGACAUGUCACCGUAGAGGUGUUCACGCCAUGGGUGGUAUGGCCGCUCAGAUUCCAAUCAAGACUGACAAGGAGGCCAACGACAAGGCCAUGGCUGGUGUCCGUGCCGACAAGCUUCGUGAAGUCAAGGCUGGCCACGACGGUACCUGGGUUGCUCACCCCGCUCUUGCCAGCAUUGCGGCCGAAGUCUUCAACGAGCACAUGCCCACACCCAAUCAGCUUCACGUGCGUAGAUUGGAGGUCGACAUCAAGCAAUAUGACCUCCUGAAUAUGAACGUACCUGGAAAGAUCACCGAAGACGGCAUCAGAAAAAACCUCAACAUUGGCUUGGGCUACAUGGAAGGCUGGCUCCGAGGAGUUGGUUGCGUUCCCAUCAACUUCUUGAUGGAGGACGCAGCCACAGCAGAGGUCAGCAGAAGUCAACUGUGGCAAUGGUGCAAGCACCAAGCAACAACAGACGAAGGCAAGACGAUCAACAAGGAAUACGCACUCAAGCUCCUCCACGAGCAGGCCGAAGAGCUCGGUUCCAAGGCACCAGAGGGCCACAAGUACCAGCUUGCAGAGAAGUACUUUGCCACACAGGUGACUGGCGAGCAGUAUGACGAGUUCCUGACAUCGCUACUGUACGACGAAAUCACGACUGUGGGUAGCCCCGCUCCUGCCUCGAAGCUGUAG